UGCAACAAACAAACCUCUUUCCACGUUCACUCUCUCUCUAACUUUAUCUUCUUCCCUUAUCUUCGCUCAUCAAUUUCCGCGCAAUUUCCCCACUUUACCUACCACUUCUACCCUCACUUAUUUCACAAACCGCGUCUAACCAAGGACAUUUCCGUCAUUCCAUCCCUCUCCUCUCUUCUUUUUCCUUAGUAGAGAUUGAAGAAUUGAAGAACACUGAAACUAACUAACUUGCUUUUGCUGAAUGAAAAUGUCUGAAAACGGUGAAGAGAAAUUACUCGCUAUGGCGCGGCACAUAGCAAAGACACUAGGCCAUAACACCAACAUGGCUGAUGAUAUCCUUCAAAUCUUCUCAAACUUCGAUGGAAGAUUCUCGAAGGAGAAUCUCUCUGAGAAGGGUGUAGAAUCAGACCCGAGAUCCUGCGCAGUACUGGAUCAUUCCCUCAAAACGCUAGAUCGCCGGAUCUCUCACUUCGUCUCCUCCGACCGCCCUAUAUGGGCUGACUCCGCCGACGCCGCCGCCUUCCUCGACGUCGUCGACGACCUCAACGCCGCUGUCGCCGAGUGGAGCCACCUUGCCGCUGAUAAAUCCGUCGCCGCGUGUUUAGUACGCGCCGAGGACAUGCUCCAGCACGCCAUGUUCCGCCUCGAGGAUGAGUUCCGAUCUCUCAUGGAGCGCGGCGGGGAGGCCUUCGACCUCACUCGGCCGUACCGGAACGGCGAGGUAAGGGAGAAUGAGAAUCAACCGUUUGACUCUGAGGAGGAGGAGGAAGAGGUGGAGGACGUUGAAGGAAUCGACGACGGAGGAGAAGGGAAUCAGCAGAUUCCGGUGGCGAUGCCGGUGACUGACUACGAUAUUGUGAUUGACGCGCUGCCGUCGGGGACGAUCAGCGACCUCCAUGAGAUCGCGAAGCGUAUGGUGGCCGGAGGGUUUGGGAAGGAGUGCUCGCAUGUGUACAGCAGUUGCCGGAGGGAGUUUUUGGAGGAGAGUCUAUCGAGGUUAGGGUUACAGAAGCUGAGUAUUGAAGAUGUUCACAAGUUGCCAUGGCAGGACCUUGAGGACGAGAUUGAGCGGUGGAUGAAGGCCUCCAAAGUCGCUCUCAUGAUACUGUUCCCCAGCGAGCGGAGGCUCUGUGACCGCGUUUUCUUCGGAUUCUCCUCCGCCGCUGACCUUUCAUUCAUGGAGGUUUGCCGGGGCACCGCCAUCCAGCUGCUGAACUUUGCUGAUGCUGUUGCCAUUGGAACCCGAUCGCCGGAGCGGCUGUUUAGAGUUCUCGACGUGUAUGAGACUAUGCGCGACCUGAUUCCGGAGUUUGAGUCUCUGUUUUGUGAUCAGUAUAGUGUGUCGCUAAGGAACGAAGCGAUCACGAUUUGGAAGAGAUUGGGGGAAGCAAUUAGGGGGGUUUUCAUGGAGUUGGAGAAUCUGAUUCGCCGGGAUCCCGCGAAGGCAGAGGUUCCUGGCGGCGGGCUUCAUCCGAUUACCCGUUACGUGAUGAACUACCUCCGUGCCGCGUGCCGGUCACUACAGACGCUGGAGCAGGUUUUUGAGGAUUACGGGCAUCCCUUGAAGGAAUAUCCUAGACUUGAUGACAGAGUGCCUUCAUCUUCCUCGAUGUCAGUGCAAAUGGAUUGGAUUAUGGAGUUGUUGGAGAGUAAUUUGGAAGCCAAGUCCAAGAUCUACAAGGACCCUGCAUUGUGCUAUGUUUUCUUGAUGAACAAUGGUAGGUACAUAGUUCAGAAGACUAGAGACAGUGAAUUGGGAACCCUUUUGGGCGAUGAUUGGAUUCGGAAACACACUGCAAAAGUAAGGCAAUACCAUGUGCUGUAUCAAAGAAGCUCAUGGAAUAAGGUGUUGGGGUUUCUGAAGAUGGACACUGGAUCAAUGCCAUCUGGUGGGGUGGCCAAGUCAAUGAAAGAGAAGCUCAGAUCGUUUAACAUCCUCUUUGAAGAUAUAUGCAGGGUUCAGUCUUCAUGGUUUGUCUUUGAUGAACAGCUUAGGGAAGAAAUAAGAAUUUCCCUUGAGAAAAUCUUGUUGCCUGCAUAUGGGAAUUUCAUUGGGAGGUUUCAGAAUGUUCCAGAACUUGGUAAGCAUGCUGAUAAAUACAUUAAGUAUGGAAUGGAGGAUAUUGAAGCAAUGCUCAAUGAUUUGUUCCAGGGUAGCAGGGGAUCAACUGGUAGCCGAAAGUGAAGGUAAAGUUGCUAGUAUUUGUGUGUAUGUAUGUUGUAGUGUAAUUCCAAGGCGAAGUUUUGAUUAUCACAAAGGUAGUUGUAAAAGAUUUGUGACCUUGUACUAUAAAUACACUGUAAAUUAUUCUGCUCAGCUUCUGAAUUAAGAGUUAUCUGAGUCACUCAAUGUAACAUUUUUGUUGUAAACUUGUAAUGUUGAGGUGGUUCUAAUUGGCCUUUGCUUUCAAAUCUUCAAUGUGCAGUUUAAUGGAUCAACUGAUUUAGUA